AUGGUUGAUAAAACAAACAUAGCUUCUUCUUCGAGGAACCCGGGUCGGAUCUCCAUGAACCUCUCGAUUUCUGAUGCUUGCUCCAUGUUUCCCGGGUUCAAGUUUUCGCCGACCGACGAGGAGCUGAUUCAGUACUAUUUGAGGAAGAAGCUGCAGGGCUCGGAGCCGAGGAGCAUCGAGGUUAUACCGGAAAUCGACAUAUACAAGCACGAGCCUUGGGAUUUACCAGAUCAUGCAAUCAUUCGAUCGGAUUGUGAGUGGUUCUUUUUCUCUCAUCGAGGAAGAAAGUAUCCAAAUGGUUCUCAGAGUAGAAGAGCAACCGAAGCCGGUUAUUGGAAGGCGACGGGCAAGGAAAGAGAUGUGAAAUGGGGUUUAAAUUUAAUCGGCACAAAGCGAACGCUCGUAUUUCAUCUCGGUCGAGCACCCACGGCACAGAGGACCGAAUGGUUGAUGCAAGAAUAUACUACCAAUGAUAAAAUCGGGGAGGGAAUGGUCGUUUGUCGAAUACGAAGAAAUAAAGAUUUUCAUCUACACGACACUAGUAAGAAAAAAAAUCGAGCUGCAUCGGGCAGCGGAAAUUCAGACGUGCCUGAAACGAACUACCUACUCGACAGUGGUAGCAGUUUCUCUGUCGACAAGACGGAAACAAGUUCGAUUCAAUCUGAUAAACGUGUUGGUGACUGUGAACAGAAAGGUGGUGAUGAUACAAGUGAUGAAGAUAAAGGUGCUAAUAAUGAUAAUGAUGAUGCUAUUCAUGAGUCAAAUAAUAACAAAAUUCUUCCACCACCAAAGUCAAUAAAAUUGGACAAGAAUGAUGCUGCGAACAACGAUUGCUAUGGUGAUAUAAUGCCUCACGAUAUAGUUAAACUGGAUGAGAAUGUUGGAUUUGGAGUACUGAUAAAACCGGACUACGAGUUUACUCCUGUUGCAGAAGAUAAUUGUUACGAUGAUAUAACAAUGACAGAUGAUACGUUCAGACUGGAUGAAUAUGCGGAACCUAUCUCGGAUAUGGGAGGAUUGAUACCGAGUCCUAAAUUGAAUUAUCCAUCAGAAGAAGAAGAAGGAUUGAUAGAACCGAACACUCAAAUGAGUCGUCAUCCAUUUCAAGGAACCGCACAUCGCCGACUGAGGCUUCAAAAGGAAAGACCAAAAGUUCAUCAGGGACCACAUAAACUACCCAGUGGAAUAGCAAAAAUACCAAGGGAGAUAUUUGGACCAGUCAGCGGGUUUCUCAUGAGUGAAAGCACGAAGGUACUGCUCCAAACUUCGAUUUACGACUUCCGUUUGCGGAUGAUACGCAGUGCUGCGUUUUAA